GUCUUGAUGUUUGUAAGCAAUAGUGAGGUCCAGUGAGUUUGCAGCUUGAAGCUCCCUCUUGUGCAUCAUUUUGCUCAUCAAGUCCGAUGCUGCCCUUGUUCAAGCUGCCGUCCGUGCUCCCGUCCGUGCUCCCGUCGCUCCGCCAUGUGCGCAGUAUCUCGCAACGCGUGCGUACGCUGCCCGACAACGUGUUCGCCGAGUUUUCCGCCCUAGCUGCGCAGCACGGGGCCGUAAAUUUGGGCCAAGGCUUCCCGUCAUUCGGGACGCCACAAUUCGUCCAACAAGCGGCCAUCGACGCCAUUACGGACGGCAACAAUCAGUACACGCGUCCCGGUGGCCACCCAAGCUACGUUGAGACGCUGGCUGAGAUGUACUCGCCCCUAUUAAACCGCGAAUUAAACCCCAUGACGGAGAUCGUGACGUUUAACGGCGCUCAGGAAGGAAUCGCGUCCAUCAUGGCGGCGGUACUUGAACCUGGAGACGAAGUGCUGACUUUUGAGCCCUAUUUCGACGCCUACGUGACAGUCUCUCAACUACACGGUGUCAAGUCUGCGGGUGUUCCAUUCCGCUUCGAUCCAGCCAAGCGUUCCGCCUUCUUAAGCGAGGACUCGAAUGUGACCGAGCGCUUCACGUCGCAUGAUUUCCAGGCGGAUCUGGAGAAACUCGAGGCUAAACUGACCUCUAAGACCAAAAUGCUGGUGCUCAAUACUCCUCAUAACCCCAUGGGCAAAGUCUUCUCCAAGCAGGAGCUGGAGCAGCUCGCACGUGUCUUGGAGCGUCAUCCGAACGUCAUCGUCUUGGCUGAUGAAGUGUACGAGUUUAUGACGUACGACGGAUUGGAACAUAAGCGUAUCGCGGCGUUGCCUGGCUUCUUUGAUCGCACCAUUUCGCUCUUCAGUGCCGGUAAAACCUUCUCGUGUACUGGCUGGCGUGCAGGUUACGCGGUGGGGCCAGCGCAUCUGGUUGGUGGCAUCACUAAGGCUCACAGUACAGUGCCAUUCUGUGGCACGACGCCAUUCGAAGUGGCUCUAGCGUCGGCAUUCCGUCAGGCUCAGCACAAUGGUUACUACGACGAAUUACGGGAGACGUUACAGGUACCGUAAAUUACGGGGUCCAAAAUACCUUAAGUUAUUGAUUAGUGUACUCUAACUAAUAUGAUACAGACCAAGCGCAACCGCCUGUGCGAUGCGCUUCAGGCGUACAAUUGGCGUCCGAUUGUUCCCGAAGGAGGCUACUUUGUGUGCUGCAACGUGGAAGGUCUGCCGUUCUACGACGAAUUCCGCGGCAUCGAGAUCACGCCGGACACCCCUAAGACGGAAUUCCCGGACUACCAGUUCGCGUACAAACUGGCCAAAGCUGGUCAUCUCGCCGUGAUCCCGACGUCUCCUUUCUUCAGUCGUCCAGAGAACCGUCUUGCUCCAGGUGUUGUGCGUCUGGCCUUUUGUAAGGACGACAAGACCUUGGACGAUUCCAUCCGUGUCAUCGAGUCCCUCAAGAACUAGACGUGCAGUUCAACGUAGAUGACACCUCGUCUAGACUCAAUGCCGCACAUUUUGCUGCACAUAUUCCCGAAUCUGCUCUGCUGUGGUCUCUGAAAUCCAAGGUAACAUGCGUCUCCAAUGCAUCUCGUUGAACUUGAGUACAGGAACCUGCGACGCUGGGAAGUUCUUGAAGCGGAAGCUCAGCGACAGCGCACUACCCAGCGAUAACGGAGGGAUCGAGCGGAAGAACUUGAGUCGCGACGCAAAAUCUGCAUCCAGUGCUCUUACAACACCACCGUUAAAUUCUCGUCGACACUGACUGGGAGACGGCAAUUCGUAGCCUUCAGCGAGUUCUUGUUGGGAGAUCUGGUGUAGCUGCGUACACAGAGUCUCGACGCGAGGCUGGACGAUGACUGUAGCGUUCGGAAAUUGCCUCAAGCGUUGUACCUCAGGGGGAUCGCCUCCGUCGUGGACGACUGCUAUGAUAAGUUUCUUGUGCAUUGCCAACAACAUCCCAACCCGUCGACUCUUGACCACACUUUGCGCUGGUGAUGCUAGAGCCAUCUCGUGUAGUUGUUGGCCUGUCAGGAAGAGAACUGCCGUGCGUACACUCAGUAGAGAAUCUGCCUCCAUCGACUCAGCGAUGGAAACAGUACAGUCGGUGUGUUUGGCAGAUAGGAAAACAGGGAAACUAGUGGCGCUGGCGAACGCUGAGCUGACGAAGACAAUCCACUUCGGUUGGACUGAUACAGGCUUUGCCAGCUUUGGACUUGUCAGAUCGAUAGUCGAAGUCGAACGUGGAGCAUCUCGAGUAGGAGUAACAGGUCCAUUUGUACUCCUUGCAGCGGGGGUGGAUCCACUAGUCUGGUUAUUCGAGGGUUGAGGCUGAGGUUGUGCUUGACCUUGCAGCUUAGCUUGUCGCCGUUCUUCCAGCUUCUUGAGAGCCUUCAAGCGGUUUGCCUCGAUCUUCAUGUGCACUUCAUCCCUAUCCUGAGUCUGGUUGAUUGGUUCGGUUGGCAGUUUUGCGUCACUUGAAGUCCAUCGCUGAGGUCUUGAAGUAGCCGACCCAGUGCUUGUAGUGCUUCCAGUACCAAGCAGAUUAAAGCUAGGUGAAGCUUCAGAGUCCGCAGCACCGCUUUCCUCUUCUUGAACGGUUUGAAGUGCACCAAGCAAGUUGAAACUUGGCGAAGCUUCGGCUUCAGUGGCGCUAUCGUCUCCAUCCGACUCAGUUACAGUGGCCGACGCACUAAUCGGAGCAGAUAACGUCGUUGCCUCCUCCAUCUCUGACACUCUAGAACGCAAACAUGGUCUUGGAGACGGCGUAUCCACGUCCUUCGGUCCGUUGUGCAGUUCAUCCAGACACGCACGAAUAAUCCCAUUCGAAGGAAGAGCCCCCAAGUGCCUCCCGCCUCGACGCAGUAACAGCGGAGAACUCUGCGACUCAAACAGCGAUCGCGCAUAGAUCGCCCGCAUAUCGGGACUGGAUUUCUUUCGCUUCUUCUUCGACGUGUUGGUACCAAGCUCUUCAGGUGAUACAACCGACUGCGAGUACAGUAACUGGGACGAAUCGUUGAUGAACGAGUCAUCCGCUGCAUCUUUAUAGUCGUCUCCGUAGUCAUCUUCAUUGUCAUCGUCCCCUCUAGCACCUCGAACGUCUGCUGUAUCUUCAAUAUACGCAGCAGCCAAGACACGAGACGUCUCUCGUCUUCGCUUGGAUCUCCUGAUACGCUUCUGCUGCCAUGGCGACGUCGCUACUGGAGAUACCUUCGCUCCUUGCGAGAACAUUUGCGAUUGAGAGGCAUCGUACUUUCGCUUGAGUCGUCGGAAGGUCUUGAACUUCUUCUUGGCCUCUGCAGACGAUGGCGAUGCUAACAAAUGACUCGGAGAGGAUAGAGAUGACUUAGACGAUCGAGUCUUAGAUGGUGGGGGAGUCUUCUGUUCGGGAAGAGUAAUCGGAGCUGUAGAGUUGCGAUGCAGCGGACAAUACGCGAGAAACAAAGUGCCACAGCCACUGUCUUCGUCUUUAGGAGGAUCCAGUUGAUCCAUGCGAUAGUGAGCGAAAGCAGCACAACUGACGUGAAAGGCAGUUAGACAUCGCUUGUGUGCACACUGGAUAAUCCCAUUGCCUUUGGUCGAGUGGCAUAGGGAGCAGUCCAGCGUCUUGCGGUCUGGAUCCAGUCUGUUUAAUUCACCGAGAACCAGCAUGUCGUUGUCUCCCUGCUCCACUCGAAACUCCGGGAUCCAUAAGAAACACUGAACGUGGAUCCACUGGCCACAUGUCGUCCGCUUGUAUGCACCACCGCGGUGUGGACACAACUGGCAGCGUGGCUGGUUAGGCUUGGCUUCGUUAACCCCAGCGCGUGUCUCGGUGCAGACGUCACAGAACCACUUGUCUUUGGGCACAACGCGGAUGCCAUAGCAGAAUUGAUGCACCGCCACGUUGCACCCGUCGCAGAAGACGAUAGGAUCAUCGUCAUAGGACUCACUUUCAAGGCAAACAGAGCAGCAUUCGUCGUCUUCUUUUUGUUGACUCGGAGUUGUCAAAUGAGUGACAUCCUUGUUCCCCGUUGGAUGCUUCGACAGCGUAUCUACCGUCUCUCUGGGGGUGCUGUGGUCUUCCUUCUCCGUUAAAUCGACGGUGUUUGUACGCAAUAGCUCGUUCUUGGCAG